AUGAUGCUCACCUUCUUCUUGCUAAUUCUCCUGGGGUUCCCAUGUGUGGACACCGCAGUCAACAGUUCCCGUGGGUUGGACAUCAGUAUCCGUAGUUUGGAAGCUACCAUAUCUCCUCAGGAAAGUAUGAGCUCUCGGGAACUCUUAGUCCACAAAGCUUGCAUUCGUGACUGCCCGUUUCUACAAAGUCCAGCUCCAAUGAUUCUUAGAAGGCUUGCAAGCACCAAUAGUUUCUACUAUACCAAUUGCUGCACAGGCUUGUUUUGCAAUGAUGGAGGACCUUCUAAUAUUGAAAGGGACUUGCUACCCCCUCGUGUGGUUGAGGAAGAUGUAAUUGCAAGAGCUGUGUGUCUGGGGCAGUUCAACCUUCUCCUGAGCCUUGUCUUAAUCCUCUCCAGCAGCAUACCGACCUGA